CCAACCGUCUAGCGGAGUGGCGCAUUUUUGCGUGAUCUAUCGAAUACCGAUCCGGUACCCAAGUCGUUGGACGAUGAUUGUCCUGUUGUGGGUUGUGCUGUCGAUAACGGUCGCAGUUCUGGUGCGAUGGCAGUGGCAGAAGAAAGUGAAAUUCGCAAACGCUCUUCCUCGGGCCAAACCGUACUACCCGUUGGUGGGAAAUCUACCCAUGGCGAUGGGGAAAAAGCCCGAUGAAUUGUUCAACACACUGUACGAGUGCUUCCGGCAGCAUGAUCGAAUGUUUACGCUGCAGUUCAGCACGGUCGUGUCGGUGUGUUUGUCCCAUCCGGAGUUGAUCCAGCGUGUUCUGAACCACCCCGACUGCCAGGAGAAACCCGAUGUGUACAAAGUGGUGCGACUUCCGAAGGGAUUGCUCGCUGCUAAAUAUGAUACCUGGAAGGUACACCGGAAAACGUUGAACUCAACGUUUAACACGAAAAUCCUGCACAGCUUCCUGUCUAUCUUCAACAAUAGCUCGAGGAGACUUAUAGAACGGUUGGAUCGAUAUGCCGAGAGCGGAGAUAACUGCAACAUUCUGGAGUACAUUUCGGAGUGUACUUUAGAAAUGAUUUGCAGGACGUCGUUGGGCGGAAAUGCUCUCGAAAGGAGCGGUCGACAGGAUUUCAUCGAGAAUCUUGAAAUUGCGCUCACUACGCUCGGUAAACGAAUAUUGAGUCUUCCACUGCACAACGAUUUCAUCUACCAAUUCACCACGCUGUAUCGCGAUGAAAUGAAAGCCAUCAGCACUUGUCACCAGUUCACGGAUAAGAUUAUCGCUGAAAAGCACGUCGAAUUCAAGUCCCUUCUGGAAGGGAAGAAAAACUCUGGUGGGGAAGCGCUUAGCGAGGACGACGAUUCGGAGAGCUACAAAAAGCCACAAAUUUUCAUCGAUCAACUGAUGAAGAUGCCCUUGAUGAUGAAGGAUGCUUACACUUUCAGCGACCAGGAAAUUUCCGACCAUGUCUAUACGAUGAUUGUUGCGGGGAAUGAAACAUCUGCGACUCAAUUGGCUCACACCUGUCUGCUGCUGGCAAUGAACCCUGAAGCUCAGAACAAAGCGUUCCAGGAGGUUAAGGAGGUUGUGACAUCUACGGAUAUGUUUUUCGACACGGACACGUUGAAGCAGCUCGUUUACAUCGAAGCCGUUCUGAAGGAAGGCAUGAGGCUAAUUCCGGUGGCUCCACUGAUUGCGAGAGAAAACAUCAAAGAUAUCGAACUGGACGGUCAUCACAUUCCGAAGGGAACUAUCCUGCUGAUGAAUAUGUAUGCUCUGCACCGACGAAGUGAUUUCUGGGGACCGGACUUUGAACAGUUCAAUCCGGACCGCUUCCUCGGGGUGGAAACAAUGCCCAGACAUCCCUAUGCGCACCUUCCUUUCAGUGGUGGACCGCGUGGCUGCAUCGGCUACCGGUACGCCAUGAUGAGUUUGAAAAUUUUACUGGCGUUGAUUUUGAAGAACUUUGAACUCACCACUCCUUUAAAGUACAACGAUAUUAAAUAUCAUUACCAAAUAUCAUUAAAUUUAGCUACUCCACACACGGUCAACUUGAAACGAAGGGUUUAAUAAUUGGACACUGAACUGUAUUUUAGUUUCUCAAAGCGGUGGGCAACUAACUAUCUGUAGGAAGUUAAGGACAAACUAGCUUUAUUAGAUCUUCUAAUAUAUUUAUCCAUUGAGUA